AUGGAAUUAUUAUCCGAUGAAUAUUGCUAUUAUGAAAAAUUGAAAUGUCAUGAGAAUAAUGACCGAAUGGAAUGUUCGAUAUCCGAUCAAAAUAAUCAAUUCUAUAGUGAAAUAAUUUAUGGAAGAAAAAAGGAAAUCCUGUUAAAAGAAGAAAAUACGUUAUUUGGAAUAAGAAUUACAAUGAUUAUUGCCAUUAUGAAUCUGUCGUUAGGAGAAAUUACUCAGGACAAACAUGAAACGAUAGAUAACGAUCAUAUCAAAAUCGAUUUGAUAAUUCCUGGUACAAAGAAUUCAAUGGAAUUUGAAAUAAGUGAUGAAUGUUUUCAAGAUAUUAAUUAUCAGCCAACAAUUUCUUCAGGUCAAAUUACAUCUCCUGAUACAGAUACAUCGUCUCAUUACACUUGUAUGGAUGAUUGA